CAUUUUUCAUUAUUAUUUAUUAUAAACAUUACAAAAAUGUAUACCAAGGGAGGAAUUUAUGUAGGAAAGCACGCUGGGUUCACCGUUGAGAAACCAGAGACCAACCCAAAGUUCGCCAAGCCAUCUUACAGGAGAGGUACUAAGGGAAAGAGAGUUGCACUCAUCAGAGAUGUUAUUAGAGAAAUCUCCGGAUAUGCUCCUUACGAAAGAAGAAUUAUCAAAUUGCUCUCCAUCGGAGACGAAGGAGCCGACAAGAGAGCCAUGAAAUUCGCCAAGAGAAGAAUCGGUGGCCACAGAAGAGGAAAGGCCAAGAGAGAAGCAUUCAGAUUGAUCGUAGCAGCACAAAAGAAGGCCGCUAAGGAAAAGGCAGCCAAGGAAGCUAAGGAAGCCAGAGAAGCCAGAGAAAGAGCCGAAAAGGAGAAGAAAGAAGGCAAGUACAUCGUUUAGUAUGCAAUGACUAAUCUGUGAUAACAAUUGCAAUGUUA